UAAAGGUGCUCCAUAACGCGUAUGAAAACAAUUACAGCUACUUGUAUUGACGCAUGUUAAAGGGGCGUGAAAUUUCUGCAAUAUCCAAAAUCGUGUACGCGCAUUCACCUGCAGCUCUGAACAUCACCAAAAGCGUGUGUGCGCAAAAAAAUAAAUAGCCUAACAGGAAUACGGAUAAGCGGUGGCUUGCAAAGGAAAGACAAAUGCUUAAACUGCGAAACGGAUUGCCAUCCUGAAUGAAACACAGAUGUUUUUUUUCGACGGACACAUACAGGUUAUUACGACAACGAGCGACGACUCUCGCUGAUGCUCCAGAUUUCGUUACAUCUGCUCUUGCUCGUCUGCAGAAGAUCCAUCAUUGAGAUCUUGACAGCAUUACAGCCGAUGAGGGGUGCACCGGAUAUACUAUUUAUACCCAGACACACAGAGCAGCAAUAAUGCGAAUUGUCGAUUUUGUCACAGACAUUAGUUGUGCAAUGUAAUUUCAGUCCUCUCGCCUGCUUUCUAGAACGGAGAUGUAAAGGAAGCGAACGGGGUUUUUUUCACCGAGUAACAAACCUCCCAUCCAUUAUUUAAUUGAUGCAUGAUAAAUUCUGGUGUGGCAGAAAGAUUGGAAAAUAAAAUCAAGGACGGAUACCUCUUUACUGCUUCAAAUCAUAUCAAAUCUUUAUUUAUCUCCAGUCAGUGGACUCGCGGCAGAAGCCCAUUUCUGAGGGUACCGGUGGGGGAGAUAGGGGGAGAUAGAGACGCCGGAAAUAGCAGAAACAAAUCACAGGAGAGUAGACAAUUGGGAGCAAUAGUGAAAAUGCUUCCUUCGCAAGAAGCCUCAAAGAUUUACCAUGACAACUAUAUGCGUAACUCUCGAGCCAUCGGUGUCCUGUGGGCCAUCUUCACCAUCUGCUUCGCCACCAUCAACGUGGUAGUCUUCAUCCAGCCUUACUGGAUCGGGGACAGCGUGAGUACACCACAUGCCGGUUACUUCGGGUUGUUCCAUUACUGCGUGGGUGACGGUAACUCGAACCGGGAGCUGAUUUGCCAAGGAACAUUUUCCGACUUCAGCUCCAUCCCGUCCGGCGCGUUUAAGGCGGCCUCUUUCUUCGUGCUGCUGUCCAUGGUUCUCAUUUUGAGCUGCAUUGCCUGUAUGGCGCUCUUCUUCUUCUGCAACACCGCCACCGUUUACAAAACCUGCGCUUGGAUGCAGCUUCUGUGCGCUGUGUGCCUGGUGCUGGGCUGUUUGAUUUUCCCAGAUGGCUGGGAUGCAGAGGUAAUCCGGGAUAUGUGCGGAGAGGAGACAGGAAAAUACACACUGGGAAACUGUUCAGUGCGCUGGGCUUACAUACUGGCCAUCAUCGGAAUCCUAGAUGCUCUCAUUCUGUCCUUUCUUGCUUUUGUCCUUGGAAACCGCCAGAACGACUUUAUGCAUGAUGAAAUCAAAGCUGAAAAUAAAGAUUUGGCAGUAUCCAGGAUUGAGAUACGUGAUACGAAGGACCCUCGAUUCGGUGUCCAGCGGUUUCCGUGAGGAGACGGCAUCCUCCAUCCUUUAUCUUCUCCUCCAUUCCUCUCUCCUUGUCCUCAGGCCUGUGUCUCUUAACUCAGUCAGGAUGCUGCUAGUUCAGCUCUUUGUAAUAUAAAAAAAGACUGGAAUACACUUCAAGAAGAGAACAUAUUCAACAUAUACCUAUUUAAAAACCAUGAGAAUUUAAAAUCAGUAAAAAGAAGAAAAAAUCAGCUUUACAUAAACCAACAACUCUGGGAAAGUAACAUGUUACACAUAUUAUUAUUGCUAUUUAAUAAUGCUUUGAUGACAAUUAUGAUGAUAGUCAUGAUUAUGCUUGCAACAGCGAUAUAAUGUUCAGACUUUCAUAUUUUAUCUAAAAUGGGGAACAUAUUUCUAGCUUUAAGAAAAUGUAAUGAAUCAAUGCAUAUGUACAAGAGAUUGGGUGCUACUCUGGACACGCAGAUAAAAAGGGAAAAACAUCAAGCCAAAAAUUUAAAGAAAAAAAAAAGAAAAAAAAAAAGAACAAAAACAUUUUGUACAGCACAAGAUGUAAUUUUAAAGACCAUCUUUUUCUGACAAAUUUUUAAUUCCCCUCUUUGUACAUGUGGUCAGCAAUCAAAGUUAAAUGAUUAAUUAAAUAGUUAAUUUGUAAAUUCUAUAUUUAUAUUGAUACAGGGUACAGCCAUUAAGCAUUUAUUCACCCACAUCAUAUUCCUUCUACAAACUGGAGUGGACUUAGAAGAUUUAUUAAUUUAUCUCUCAGUUCACCUGAAGGUACCAAUAAUCACUCUAUGACUGUGCAACAGAAAAGACUAACAACAGUUAAAUGCACAACUAUCCCACAGACAUCUAAUUUGACAUGCAAAUCUCUUCUUACAUUUCUUUUAAUCUUUUUUUAAACAUUUUUUUUUUUUUUUUUUUUUUUUUUUACAGGAACAAUAUUUCCUUUUUCCCUGAACCUUUUAGAGAGAGUGAGAUAAAUUUAUCAAUAGGGAAUAGCAUGUGAACAUUCUUCAGACUCUGUUACAUUAAUUUCAUAAUUUGUCAUUUUCUGCAGCUUUUUGUGGUCAUUAUACCAAGGUGAAUUUUUCUUUCAUUGUUUUCAUUAAUCAUUUGUCUCGAGGAAAAGCCCUGCAUGCUGCAUUUUACUCAGGCCCAAUAUGUUCAUACCUGCCAUCUCCCACAUUAGAGCACAGUGGAACAGCACAAAGUUAAAAGUAACCCAUCUAGGUCACUACUGAGCCCUACACAGUCAUGAAUAUGACUACCUCUUUCCAAGGAAGAUGUGUAGCACAAUUAUUCACACAAUUUCUCAGCAUAAACUCACCAUUCAUUCAAUGGACUUAUGUGACUUUAUAUGCAAAAUGCAACAACCGAUUCUUGUAAUGAUGAUAUCAACAGUCCCAACUGCAAAUAAGACGAACAUUAAUAUUUUGUUAUAAAUCUCUUAAAUGUCUGCACCAUAGUGCACCAUUCAAACGAAAUCUGAAUUUGUGCAGAAUCAAUAUUGGUCGCAGGUUUUACUAUGUUUCAGUUCUCUCCACUUUGUGUUAAACGAUCUUGUAAAGGCAUGAUUUCUGCUAUGUGGCAAGAUCCAACACAGACCUGCAAUGUGUACUGGACAACACCAGUUUGGAUCACCUUAAGAGGAAAGCCCUGUUGGGGUAGGUCUGGCCCCUAGUCUGUGGCCCCUUGAGUGGCGGAUUUUGGAGAUGACAUGAGAAGGACUCAGAGCUGAAAAUAAAAUGUGAUGGACUCUAUGGUGCUUAAACCCUUUUCACCCUUAGAUAAAGACUGCUUUGCUGCUCCCCAUCUACCUCAGCCUUGAACCCCUCCUACUCUUGAUAUGCGACACUGGAAAACAAGCUUAAGAAUAAUGCUGAGAUCAGACGGAGAGUGGGGGUAUGAGGACCAGGAAGAAUAGUCUGCAUUGGACUUUGAGACUAAUGGCUUUCUAUUCCAUAACCUUAAAAUGCAGCUUCUGCAUAAACUCCUUGCAUCUCAUCAGUCACUACACUACUGUUAAAAAGUUAGGAAAUACUAAGACAUUUUUUGUUUGCUUGUUUAAACAACUUGAGAUUUUUAUUCACCUAGGAUGCAUCAAAUUAACCAGAAAUUACUGUAAAGAAAUUUACAAUGGUGUAUUAUAAAUGCGGCAUUAUUAAAACUCUGUUCAUCAAAGAGUCUUACAUGUGCAUCAUUCAGUAUUCAGCAGCUUAUUAAGGCAUUCUCCUGCUUUCUGCAGCCCUUACCAUACGUGUUUUGACUUGUUUUGGUAAUUCCCAUUAACCCCAGUUCAACACUAGAAACUUAAAUUAAUUUAUCUGUAAUACCUUUUUUGAAAAUAAUAAUAAUCACAAUAAUAAUUUACAAUCCAUUCUUUAUGUUUUCUUGCCCAUUUAAGCACUUUCUUCUGCCAGAGUCAUUUUUGAAAUGCCAACAGUACCUCUGUUUCACUGUGGAAGUUCAACUUUAAUGUGUACAGUUCAUUAAAGGGUUAGUUCACCCAAAAAUGAAAAUGAUGUCAUUAAUGGCUCACCCUCAUGUCGUUCCAAUC